CCCUAUGGACUGUGGCAAUCGAUUGGUACAAUUCGGCCCUAGACGCCACUUGUUAGUGUUUGAAACAGAUGUGAAAGGUUUUGGAUUGAAAACGGAUGUGUUUGUUGAUUGCGGUAGUUUUGUUUGUGAGUACGCCGGUGAAUUGAUCAGCAGGGAAGAGGCUAAAAGACGGUCUCGAAAUGAUAGUAUUAACUAUAUAUUUGUUUUAAUAGUAUAUUUCGUACCUAGUAGUAUAUCUCGAUCGUGUGGUGAAAAAGAACAUUACGUUAAUUCUACAACCGAAACCAUUGUUGAUCCUACAUGCGUUGGUAAUAUCGGUCGAUAUAUCAAACAUUCUUGCCAACCUAACGCUGCUAUUGUCCCUGUGAGAAUCGAUUCUCCGAUUUCAAGAUUGGCAGUGUUUUCUGUUAGAGAUAUUCAAGCGGGCGAAGAAAUUACUUACGAUUACGCAAGUGGUGGGAGUGGUAUUGGUAAAACCAGCUGUUUGUGCGGAACGGCAAAAUGUCGUGGAUUCCUUCCUUUUGAUAAAGAUUUACUUAAUUAAAAAAAAACAUUCCACAGUUUAACUGUAUUAUAUUUGUACAUAGGCUACCAAAUUUUAUAUUUUUACCUAUGUAUUGUUGUUGUUGUUAUUAAACGGAGUUUAUAUCUUA